AAUAGAGUACACCUAAUAGUUUCUACGAACCUCGAAGGGUAAAUUUGAAUUCUACCCUAGUACUUCAAACUGUUUGCAUUUGACAAAAACUAGGAGAAUCUAGCUAAAUUUGUUCGUAUUUGUGCAAAGUUGGGGUCAUGGUAAUCCCAAAACGUUGUGGUUACUUAGAUUUAUUCCAAUUGGAUUUUAAAUCUAGGUUAAUCUAGAAGCUCUUGCAAUGAAGAACUUGAAUCCAAGCUGAGGAACUGUACAGGCUUUUCAAAUGUAAUCUAUAGAAAGUGGGGCUAAACACGAAGAAAUCACUUACCUGAAAAUCAGACUUGCGAGACCUCUAGCCUCUCCGUCCUCUGACAUGUGAAGUCCACCGGAAAGUUCCAAAUGCAAUUGAAUGCGAGAUGCGGAUGGGGAAUUGAUGGAUACCGUGGAGGGUAUCCCCGCUCCCGGCCCGUGCAAGAACGCUUGCCCAAGAUCCAACACUCGCCUACAGCAUAUAAUAAUAGUAUAAUGGAUGCGGCCAUGACCACCAAGUUGCCUGUAGAUAUCAAGUUCACCCAGCUCUUCAUCAAUGGCCGAUUCGUUGACUCCCUCUCCGGCAGGACCUUCGAGACGAUUGACCCGAGGACCGGUGAAGCCUUUGCGAGGGUCGCCGAGGGAGACAAAGACGACGUCGACUUGGCCGUCAAGGCUGCCCGUCACGCCUUCGACCACGGCCCCUGGCCCCGCUUGUCCGGAUCAGAGAGGGGAAGAAUAAUGAUGAAGCUGGCGGAUUUGAUCGAAGAGAACGCGGAGGAACUGGCGGCGCUGGACACAACGGACGCCGGGAAGCUGUACAGCGUGGGGAAGGCGGUGGAGGUUCCGGAAGCCGCCGCGACGCUACGGUACUUCGCCGGGGCGGCGGACAAGAUCCACGGGGAGACGCUGAAGACGUCGAGGCCGGUCCAAGCGUACACGCUGCGGGAGCCGAUAGGGGUCGCCGGAAUGAUCAUCCCGUGGAACUUUCCGACCAUAUCGUUCUUCGCUAAGGUCAGCCCCGCAUUAGCUGCGGGGUGUACCAUGGUUGUCAAGCCUGCUGAACAAACUCCCCACUCCGCUCUAUACUAUGCUCACCUCGCCCACAAGGCUGGUAUCCCGGCUGGAGUGUUGAACGUAGUUACAGGAUUUGGGCCAACGGCUGGAGCUGCCAUUGCUUCUCAUAUGGAUAUUGACAAAGUGAGCUUUACAGGAUCAACCGAAGUUGGGAAGCUGGUGAUGAAGGCGGCGGGAGAGAGCAAUUUAAAACAAGUGACAUUAGAGCUGGGAGGAAAGAACCCUCUCAUUGUGUUUGAAGAUGCAGACAUUGAUAUGGCUGCAAGUGUUGCACAAUUUGGGAGUCUUUAUAAUAAGGGUGAAGUUUGUGUUGCGAGCUCUCGCAUUUUUGUUCAAGAAGGGAUUUAUGAUGAGUUUGCAAAGAAAUUAGUUGAGAAGGUGAAAAUGACAAUUGUUGGGGAUCCUUUCCAUCCAUCAACUCAUCAAGGCCCCCAGGUUGAUAAAAAUCAAUUUGAGAAAAUAUUAGCUUAUAUCGAACAUGGGAAAAGAGAAGGAGCCACAUUGUUAGCCGGGGGCAAACGUCAUGACGAAGUGGGAUACUACAUUCAACCAACAAUCUUUUCAAAUGUUGAGGACUCUAUGUUGAUUGCAAAGGAUGAAAUAUUUGGACCCGUAAUUUCGCUGCUUAAAUUCAAGACGGUGGAGGAGGCCAUUAAGAGAGCAAAUGCUACAAAGUAUGGGCUAGCGGCAGGAAUAGUGACCAACGACUUAAACACAGCCAACACUGUUUCGAGGUCACUUAAAGCUGGGAUUGUUUGGAUAAAUUGUUACAUAGUAAUGGGGCGUGAGAUUCCUUUUGGAGGAUACAAGAUGAGUGGCUUUGGGACAGAUUCUGGGUUAGAUGCUCUUCAUAAUUAUCUCCAUACCAAAAGUGUUGUUACUCCUUUGUAUAAUCUCCCCUGGCUCUAAUUAAAUUUAUACUACAUUCAUGUUUUGUAAGAAGUAAUAAUAUUUGUUUCUACAGGAUUCAUGUUUUUGUCCUUAGCUCCAUAAUCACUCUAAGCAAAAUGAGGGGAUACAUAGAUCCAUCAUUAACUAAAAUACUAAAUAAUGG